GUUGUUGAUAUAAAAUGAUAUUUAUAUCAAUUCUCUACUCUUCUAUCUGAGCAAAUACAAUUUCCUUCGGCCACCGUAUCUCUCUAUCUCUGUCUCUCUUAUGCUUUCGUAUUGAAAAACCAAAGAUUUGGGUUUUGUAAGGGACCUAAAGAGGGGUAGAGAGAGGGAAACAAAGAGGGAGAGACAUGGAAGCGGUGUUACAAACCAGAGGGCUUCUUUCACUACCACCAAACCCCAAAGGUAGGGUUUUGUAUCCUUCACAGGGCUUAAAGCAGAGGCUUUUUGCUACAAAACCUAAAACCUUUUCUGGGUUUUCUUUGUCUUCAAAUGGGGUUCCAAAAUUUCCUACCUCUGUAUCAAAACCAAAUGGUUUCUUCCCAAAAGAUAGAAACUUGCAUAUUUGCAGGGCUGAGGCUGCAGCUGCAGCUGAUGGACAGCCUUUGUUUGGUGAAGAAACGGAUAAACCAAAGUUUUUGGGUAUUGAGCUUACGACUUUCAAAAAAAUUAUCCCACUUGGGUUAAUGUUCUUUUGUAUUCUUUUUAACUACACAAUCCUUAGAGACACUAAGGACGUGUUGGUUGUGACGGCCAAAGGUAGCAGUGCAGAAAUCAUACCAUUUUUGAAAACUUGGGUGAAUUUGCCUAUGGCUAUUGGGUUCAUGUUAUUGUAUACAAAAUUGGCCAAUGUCUUGUCUAAGCAGGCUCUCUUUUAUACUGUGAUUCUUCCUUUUAUUGCCUUUUUUGGGGCUUUUGGGUUUGUUUUGUAUCCACUCAGUAAUUAUAUCCACCCAGAAGCAUUUGCUGAUAAACUUCUCAAUGUACUUGGCCCAAGGUUUCUUGGUCCUCUUGCAAUUAUGAGGAUUUGGACUUUUUGUUUGUUCUAUGUCAUGGCUGAAUUGUGGGGGAGUGUGGUGGUAUCGGUGCUGUUCUGGGGAUUUGCUAAUCAGAUCACUACUGUAGAUGAAGCAAAACGGUUUUACCCACUUUUUGGACUUGGGGCGAAUGUUGCUCUGAUUUUCUCAGGCCGAACAGUGAAGUACUUCUCAAAUUUGAGGAAAAACUUGGGUCCUGGUGUUGAUGGCUGGGCCGUCUCCCUCAAAGGAAUGAUGAGCAUUGUGGUGCUGAUGGGGCUUGCAAUAUGUUUGUGUUACUGGUGGGUGAAUACUUUUGUUCCUCUACCAACCCGCAGCACGAAGAAGAAGGAAAAGCCAAAGAUGAGCACAAUGGAGAGCUUGAAGUUCCUUGUGUCUUCUAGAUAUAUUAGAGAUCUUGCGACUUUGGUGGUUGCAUAUGGUAUUAGCAUCAACCUUGUUGAGGUUACCUGGAAAUCAAAGCUAAAGGCGCAGUUUCCCAGCCCGAAUGAGUACUCUGCGUUUAUGGGUGACUUUUCAACAGCAACGGGAAUAGCGACUUUCACGAUGAUGCUUCUAAGCCAAUUAAUAUUUGACAAAUAUGGAUGGGGAGUUGCAGCCAAAAUCACACCCACGGUCCUGCUUCUAACAGGAGUCGGUUUCUUCUCUCUGAUAUUGUUUGGCGGUCCUCUUGCACCCACCCUCACACAGUUUGGGAUGACUCCUCUUCUUGCUGCUGUAUACGUGGGUGCUAUGCAAAACAUUUUCAGCAAGAGUGCAAAAUACAGUUUGUUUGAUCCAUGCAAAGAAAUGGCCUAUAUUCCCUUGGAUGAGGACACUAAGGUUAAAGGGAAGGCAGCCAUUGAUGUUGUGUGCAAUCCUUUGGGGAAGUCUGGAGGAGCUCUCAUUCAACAGUUUAUGAUCUUAACCUUUGGGUCGCUUGCCAAUUCAACGCCGUACCUCGGAGGAGUACUUCUGGUAAUCGUGUUUGCAUGGUUAGGUGCAGCCAAGUCUCUUGAUACCCAGUUCACUGCUCUGCGUCAGGAAGAAGAGCUCGAGAAGGAGAUGGAAAGGGCGGCAGUGAAGAUCCCUGUAGUGUCUCAAGAAGGUGGGAACGGCUCUCUUUCAAGUGGCACUGCACUCAAUCCAACAAUAGGUGACCCAUCCAGCAGUUCAUCCGAACCCUCAGCUCCCCGUAACGUCUAGUAUAUUUCUUCCAUUCUCUGCCGAGGCAUUCUGGAAGAAUAAGGCGAGCUCGAUGAGAAAGCGCUUGUAGGUGAAUUGAUUUGUUGUAGGAAUUUAUUUACAGAAAAAGAACAAUCGAUGCAUCUUGCUGUUCUUUAAGUCAACUUUCUCCUUGACAACAGUGUCCGUCCAGUUUUUUAGUCUCUGUUGCAGAAUUGAAAUUGAAUAAAUAUUUAUAGAAAUCUGUUUUUUUCACAAUAA